AUGGCCAUCCAAGAAUGUCCGCUACCCGAAGUCGCAGAGGCCCUCAAGCCAUAUAUCAGACGCCGCGAGGAAGUAGCAGAGAUCAGAGGCAACCUCCAGAAGCAUCUCCAUGACCACCUGGACCGAGAUGGUUCCCCUCUCACCACCGUCACUCUCAGCGCACCAGGAGUCACCCACCUGGGUUCGCCUCCUUCCUCUUUGACCGGCGUCCGCAGGGCUUACUGGAAAGCACUCGAGGCCCAUUCCAAGGCACAAGCGAAGUACGACGGGUUAAAGCAAGAACUGGAUCAGAUCAGACGGGGCGUCAAUGGAGGUCACUCCGAUUCGUCCUCAGGCACCGCCACCGAGGACUACAUCGCCCUUCUCCGCCAAAAGGAGAAGCACCGCAGGCUCAACGUCAUCAACAAUGCGCUGUCAAAGACCUCUGGAAGCACGGAGACUGCCUCAGCCAGCAACUUAGACGACUCAAUCAGGAAGAAAGUUGGCGAGCUUCCGGUACCACCAAGCACGCAACCGUCCUUCAGCCGAAGCCCAGAGGUGGACGCGAAGAUGAUGCAGCUGAAGAAAGCGGUGGUAUCUUCGAAGCGCCGUGUGGACGAGCAGCGGAGGAAUGCGGCCGAGCAAGCUACGGAUGCCAAUAGAGAAGCUACUACUGCAGAAGCUGAAGUUGCCGGUCUACAGAAAGCACUACAGGAGCUCACCACCUGGAUGGAAACUCAACUGACCACCAUCGCCGAAUCAGAAGCAGAUGCACAGCCGGCUGAUGGAGGCGCGCGUCAGAACGGUGCAACUGCUGACCCUGAGAUUGAUCUCGACAAUAUCGAAACCUUGUACGAAAGCUACCUCGAAGCGCGGCAUCGAGUAGUACAAAACACGAACUCUUCCCACAUCACAGAAGGCAACACGGAAGAGGCAGCGGAAUGGUCGAACAGAAGCAGCACCCAACGAAGUCAGAGCCCGUCGCAUCCCAACGCAAAAUCGUCUGCUGUAGCCGCACUACCAUUCAUACGAGCCUUGGCAGCAGCGAAAUCCGAAGAGCAGUCUCUCGUGCAGCAGACAGCUUAUGUCCGGAAGCAGCUAUCUUCCGCCGAAGAAGGCACUGCUCGCCUCAUCGAACGCUUAGCAGACGAAAGCCACCUCGUCCAUCCCGGUGCAUCAAGCGGCAAGGACUGGGCGGAGGCGGGGGCACAAGCGAGUCGAGCGACGAAGGACAGUGUUGCGGACCGCCUGAGGAGUGGUAAAAUGUAUGCAGGGUCUGCGAAAGAGCAGUAUGAGGCCAUCGAGGCUCUCCCAAGUUCACUGGAUGGACUACAUUCUGUAACUUGA